GGUUGUGGAGUCGAUGCGGAGCAAUUCAUUCUGGUUCGGAUCGAUGGAGAAGCGAUUGGUGGUGGGAGUUUGAGCAUGCUCAGAUUGCGAGCGAGCGUGUUCUGUCGAGCUGAAUGUAUCAGUUUGGGAGAGCAGGCGUGUUGGACGAUUUAGGGUUCAAUGCUGGAAUCUUAGCUGGAAGAACGGGGAUGAAUGUGUGAGUGGUGCACUGCAGAUUAGAAGUCAGGAAUUUGUUGCACAUUUUUGGUGGGUUCGUACUUUCGCGAUGGCUUCUGCCACCCGCAAUUCGAUCAGGCUCUUGACACGGCGGUUGACGACUCUGGAUCACUACACCAGUGUGGAAAAUGUGCGCAGAUGCAUCAGUCCCGACUCCCGAUUGCCCAUUGUUUUACAGAAAUUCUUCUCCGGUUGGUCCAGAUUUGCCCUCAAUCCGGUAGUUAGAUCCGGUGAUCUGUUGUUGCGGAAUGAAAGGCGCUCUUACUCCUCCGAUCAUAGCUAUUCUGGUGGCUCGGAUUCGGGCCCUCCUACAGAAUCUUUUGGAAGCAUGACUGCUCAGUCAGGGAUUACCGACGACAUGUUGGACAGUUUGAUAGCUUUGAAGGAUUUUGGGAACAUUGAGGGUUUGCCACCCCUAGAUGUGAUUCUAGGGCAAGACGAUGAGAUUGAAAAGAAGGCCAAGAGGAGAGAAUUGGAGAGACAGAAGCAGAUGGAGCUGCAAAGUAUGCGGGUGAAGACAGUGGAUGAGUACGGACGUGCGUACGCCACAGGGAGAAGGAAAGCUAGUAUUGCUAGGGUGUGGUUGAAGGAGGGUGAGGGGAAAAUCAUUAUUAAUGGCCUGCCUCAUGAUCUGUACUUCCCUGACAUUGAUCAGCGCUUGCAGCUUCUGGAGCCAUUUUACCAAACUAAAACUUUGGGAUUAUUUGAUAUUCGCUCCACUGUCAAAGGUGGCGGCAUUACAGGGCAAUCUGGUGCUUUGAGACACGGCAUUAGCAAAGCGUUGCAACUUUUUGAUCCACUGCUUCGGCCAUCAUUAAAAUCAGCUGGUAUGUUAACUCGUGAUUCUCGUGUUGUGGAGCGGAAGAAACCUGGAAAGGCUAAGGCUCGAAAGAGCUAUCAAUGGGUUAAGAGAUAGUAUACACAUUGGCUUAGUUUGUCAUCCACUCCAGUUACCCUACCUACAUGCACGAGGUAUGAGACUUGUAGAAACCAGCUUCAUUUCUUGCAAAUUUCGGCCACCUGGAUUUGCACGAAAGUGCACGUACUAGACCAGAAAUGGCAUGUCUUGUUCCUCAAGAAGUUGUGGUUGACGACACUGUGAAACCAAACUCGUCACCCAGCUCACUACAGCGAAGGUAUUCUAUCAUCGGUCAAGUUGGCCCACCCAUCAGGGUGCUGGAGACGCGUCAACAACAUUCAAUUUAUCGUCCGAUGUCCACGUUGAUUCUUAAACUUAAAAGGGUUACAUGGUUGCAGAGUUUUAGAUCACGAGCUCCAUCUUAGGAUUAUCAAAAUUAUAGGAGGGAGCUUAAAACUGCGGACAGCAUUGUUUUCCAUGCCCCUGCGCUACAAGUUUCUCUUUUAAGCUGUCACCUUUAUGUGACACGAGUUUCACUUCCCCACG